AUGUCAUGGGUAGCGAAGCUGAGUAAAUUAUUUCCCAAAUGCCUGACGGUCAUUUUAUUUAUAUGGACAUACCAUGUCACUUUAACGAGGGUUGUUGGUAUCCCACGGGGUAUUUUAUUCAUAUUUCUAACUUUGGGAGUUUUGAUUGCAUUAUACACUUAUUUUAAAGUUAUACAGGUUGGACCAGGAUAUCCGAUGGAUUUUUUGGAUUUAAAAGUCAAUAAUCUUCAUGAAGUAGAAUCAGGUAAUGAAUUACCACCAGUAUAUAUUUCCAGAAAAUCAAUAACGAUAAAACACAAUGGAAGAUUUAGAGUGUGUCAAAGUUGUAAGUGCUGGAAACCUGAUCGAUGCCAUCAUUGUUCCACCUGUGAAAAAUGUGUGUUGAAAAUGGAUCAUCAUUGUCCCUGGUUUGCAAGUUGUAUUGGAUUUAACAAUCAAAAAUUUUUUAUCCAGUUUCUAAUUUACACUUCAUCAUAUGCUCUGAUAGUGACAAGUCUUACUUUCUUCCAGUUAUAUAGGUGGUUCAAGGGGAAACAAUUUGAAGAAGAGAUCAUUGACCUUCAAUUAUUAUCUGCUUGGCUUGUAGGUGUUGCUGUUUCUGUGUCAGUGACAUUUUUCACUGGGUUUAGUAUAUAUCAGUUGUGCCAAAAUCAAACUACUAUAGAAACAUACAGUCUAAGACGUUAUAAAGAAGAGAUCCGUAUUUUACAUGGUGAUGUACAAUCAACAAACGAUUAUAAUCUUUUCAAUUUAGGUUCUGCCUGUGAAAAUUGGAAAGAUGUAAUGGGAACAACAUGGAAAGAAUGGUGUUUGCCAAUCUCCAAGAUCAGACCGCAAACCUGCAUAAAUACACUCGACAAUAAAGGUUUGUAUUUUAAAAUCAAUAAUCUCAAAAAUAAUCAACUUCUAGAAAGUGCAGAAUUACAAGACAGACUACUUAGAAGAGUGACUCCUAAAUCUUCAUUAGAUGUUGAGAGGCCACUAAUUAAUUAA